UAAUAACAACUCCCGCAAAAUUUUAGAUAUGGGAAAUUUAGGCAGGAACUGCAUGCGUGGGAACUUCACCUGAAAAAUCAGUACUCAGAAACACUGAAAUGUCACAUAACACUGCUGCAAAAACAAACUGGAUUUUGCAGUGCUGAUAACAUCAGUCAAUCAAAAGAAAAGUGACUACCACAGUCAAAAGUGGGACAUCUUCAAACCCUUCAGAACAUGAUGAUGGGUCAGAUCCACCAAAACCACUUAUUGCAGAAUGAACAAAGUGCAUCUGUGGGCAGACCUCACUCCAAGCUUCAACUAUUUAAGAACAGCAGUUUUGCCAUUAAAAAAAUAAUACUAAUUAAAAGCUCUGUGAUAUUGAAGUACGAGGGCCAUGAUGCUUAAGAUCGGGAUAAUGCAAUGAAUCUACAAAACCUUUAGACACCUCAGGUUAGCUUAUUCUUCAUCAUGAGCUUUGAAGACAGUGCCAGUGGUUUACCUAAAAAUAUGCAAAUCACGUUCAGUUCACGCUUUACGGGCAGACACUGAGACAGGAACAUAGCGACGAUCAGAUAAAUCAGUAUUGUCUCACAGGGUGCCCGCAGCCUCCCGCAGGCACGCACACACACACGCACGCGCGCGCGCCGCGCGCUCACACAACACAGCAGAAGUCACCCCGUUCCACUUGGCUUCCUCAUCCCUUUGGGGACAGGCUGUCAGAUUCUCUUUUUCAGGGACUCAGAGAUCACUGGUGCUCACAUCCACCGGAUCCUGGAUCAAAACAGCGGAUUCACUCGAACUUCACUGCAGCGGGAAAAACUGUAACAUCCAUCUUGGAAAAUGGCAGACGAUGGCUAUGACUAUGACUAUGACUGCAAUGACACAAUGGAGUGCAUUUGUGAAAUUAACACAGGUACUGAGGUGACUGUACAAGUCUAUGUACAUUCUUGCAUCUGCGUAUUGGGCCUGCUGGGUAACCUUAUGGUCAUAGUCACCUACGCUUUUUACAAGAGGGCGAAGUCCAUGACGGACGUGUACCUCCUGAACGUGGCCAUCGCAGACGUGCUCUUCGUCAUCUCACUCCCCCUGAUCAUUUACAACGAGACGUACAACUGGACCAUGGGCAGAUGGGCAUGCAAGAUUUUACGUGGGAUGUACAGCAUCAACCUGUACAGCGGCAUGAUGCUGCUGGCCUGCAUCAGCAGCGACCGCUACAUAGCCAUCGUCCAAGCCAGACGCUCUUACAGGAUUCGAUCCCGGACCCUCAUCUACAGUCGAAUCAUCUGUUCUGGCAUCUGGCUGUUUGCAAUAGCCGUGUCCAUUCCGACGAUAAUCUACAAUGAGACGUAUGAUAACAUAGACUUGAUCUCUAAUCAGACCAUGUCCAUUUGUUACCUCAAGUUUGAAGAAAAUGAAACAGCCCAGCGGAUGAAAAUUCUGGUUCCCAGCAUCCAGGUGGCUAUUGGCUUCUUCCUUCCCUUGCUCAUUAUGGGUUUUUGUUAUUCCAGCAUAAUCUACACCCUCAUAAGUGCCAAGAAUUUCCAGAAGCACAAGGCCGUGCGGGUGGUAAUGGCGGUGGUCGUGGUCUUCAUCGCCUGCCAUUUGCCCUACAACGUCACGCUUCUGUACCACACUCUGAGUCUGUUCCAUGAGAGGGAAUGCGAGGUUGAGAAGACUGUCAAUAAGGCUCUGAUGAUCACAGAGACCCUGGCUUACUUCCACUGCUGCCUCAAUCCAGUGCUCUACGCCUUCGUAGGGGUCAAGUUCAGGAACCACUUCCGUAAGAUCCUGUCAGACCUGUGGUGCCUGGGGAAAAAAUACAUCUACAGGCGCUCCUCCAGAUCUACCGAAGUGUACAUCUCAACUCGAAAAUCCAUGGAUGGGUCCAACAAUGAAAAUGGGUCUUCCUUUACCUUUUAAAAGACGUUUUCCUUUUCAGAAGGUGUUAUGUGAAAAUGUCAAGCAAAAACAACCUUAUUACAAAAGUACUUGGGACACAGUCGUACCAACGUUUUGCAGGACAUUAGACAUAUGAUAUGUAAAAUGUUUAAAAAUUGAUGUGUUUGAUCUUGAAGAUACAGACAGAUGCAUUUCUUAAGAUGGGGGGGUGGAGUGGGGUGGGGUUGAGGGAGUGAAAAGGGCAGAUUUCAGCGAAUUCCUUUUUGCAUAUUGUGCCUAGAAAACACCUCUGAUGACAAACAGCCGAGACAAACCAGACCGGGAAAUAAGACACUGUAUGUUGCUCCGUAGGGUGUGAAACUAGAUUUUGUUCAUGUCUUUCAUCCUAAACCACAUUGUUGUGUACAGACACAUUGAAACUCCUAACCUACUUUGGUUUCUUGACCAGCAUUUUCGACAUGUCCCUGGAAAUCCCUCCCUUCCACUUAAAGGAUUCGCUGACUGCUACUGAUCUCAUCCACCCAGAGUGGACAUUUGAAUGUGUACAUUUGUGUGUAAAUAAGCAAGGACCUAAUUCAGUAUGGAGAGAAACUUCUUUUCGUGACAAAGUAUUGUUAAUUACAAAAUUUAGAUUACUGAAUCCUGAGGUAAUUGCAUUAAGAAAGAGCACAUCAUGUUAUACUUAAAUGACAGCUUUAUGUAAACAAUUGUAUUGUUAUUCUUUUAUUUUUACAAUCGAAUAAACAAUUCUGUAAAGCCAAUUACAGAAGUGGAUUUUUAAAGAAA